CGUGCCUCCACUUCCACUUCCACCUGCAGACGCCCGUACUCGAGGCGAGAGUUGCAAGACUACUAGACCACGGCAUCUCCGAUCUUGCAGUGUUGGUCGUACUCCACAGCAACGCUCACCACUCUCUUUGAGCCGAAACGCUUCCUUCGACUCUUACCUUUCCCAUCCUUCACUUCGAACACGACUUCAUUCAUAGUAAAAAAUGUCAGCUCACUCCCUGCAAAGCCGCACCUCGAUACCGCUGACUGUGGGAGCAGUGACGCUAGCUUUGGGUGGGGCAGCAUGGUAUCUUCGCAGCUCAAUCCUGCGCAGUUCGCGCAACAGUCGCACCUCCCAAUUCCUCACCAAAUCGACCUCUGCGCGCUCCAAAGCCCAGACCGAAUCGCAAGCUCAUCAGCUCGCUUUGACUUCUCUCACUUGGCUGGUUGCUGCUUUUGGUCCUGAUGGAAGACAUGCCAACGAUACGGCUGCUGGAUGUAUGGUAGCGAGUCCGAGCAGACCAGAGGACAGACCAGGAGGCAAAGACGAGAAUGAGAGCUACUACUUUCAGUGGUCGCGAGACAGCGGCCUUUGCGCGAGAGCGCUGCUCGGUGCACUCGUUCGUGCCGAAGAGGGUCACCAGAUCGGCAUUGAAAACGAAGAAGCACAAGAUCUCCACGAGAUCUUCAGAAACUUUGUGGAGAUGAGCAUCAAGCUGCAGGCUUUGCCAAAUCCUUCGGGCACUUACGAGACGGGCGGUCUCGGAGAGCCCAAAUUCAACGUGGACGGUUCUGCUUUCCAGGCGAGCUGGGGUCGGCCACAGAAUGAUGGACCAGCCCUCCGUGCUUUAGCUGCGCUUCGCUACGCCAUCUUUUUGCAGAACACAAGACCCGGAUCGAAAGAGGUUGACACAUACAUCACCGACAGGCUAUGGGCACCAGCUUCUGCCCCUUCUUCUCGCACACUCAUCAGAGACGACCUAGACUACGUUGCGCGCGUGUGGGAGACGGAGAACAGCUUUGAGCUCUGGGAAGAGGUGGAGGCUGCUUCUUCGCCCCUCGAUGGAGGUGGACACUUUCACGUGUUGAUGUCACAGAAAGGAGCCCUCGAGGCAGGCGCUGCGUUCGCCAAGACGCCGUUGAUAGCUGACGAAGAGCGCUCACAGAGGUAUGCAAAAGCAGCUCAAGGGAUCGCGCAGCGACUCGAGAAGUUUUGGAUAACGGACACCGAGAUCGAUCAUGAGGGCGGUCCGACCAUCAAUGAUGGACCUAUGGCCAUCAACUGGGACGAUGAUCGGCGCCUGGGUAUCAUUCCGAAGGACAUUCUCGCGCUCCCUCACCUCACACCGACCUUGUUGAGGCAAGGAGGUCAACAAAAACCAACAGAGGUGGACAUUGCCUGCAUUCUCGCCUUCAAUCACAGCUGGGACGGUCACUAUGACGGCAAUCACAGCGACGUAUGGUCGCCGUGGUCCGAGCGCGCAGCAGCAACACUGCAUCGCGCUCUGAUCGCUUUUCAGAGUGUCUACAAGAUCAACGAAGGACAUUCCUUGGAGGAUGGUAUCCUGGUAGGCAGGUAUCCCGAAGAUGUGUACAAUGGCGUGGAGCAGUCCAUCGGCCAUCCUUGGUUCCUCACGACGCACGCAACUGCGGAGCUGCUUUACAUCACCGCCACGCACUGGCUGGCGAUCCAUCACGUCGAGAUCACUGCUAUUUCUCUACCUCUCUAUAAGCUCUUUGACCCUCGCGCCAAGGUGGGCAAGCAUGAGCAAGGCAGCAGCGCCUUUCAAAUUGCCAUCCGAGGCCUACGGGCGCUGGCGGAUAAGCAGCUAGAGCGGUGCAGAGAGGUCUUGCUCGCCGAAGGAAGAAUGGAUGAGCAGAUCGAACGCUUCACAGGCAAGCAGCGCGGCGCUAGGCAUCUUAGCUGGAGCUAUGCAAGCUACCUCAGUUGCUAUGAUGCACGCCAUGGCAGGGAAAAUCCCGUGCUAUGACCGUCUUGAGUGCAUAUAACCGUACGGGCGGGCGGGGUGUCGGUGUCCUGUGCAGCCCCUGGAUGGACCGUUGCGACCUGAUG